ACGAAGUCAUAAGGAAACGUCUCCUGAUCGAUGGAGAUGGGGCUGGAGAUGAUCGAAGGAUUAAUCUGCUCGUGAAAAGUUUCAUUAAGUGGUGCAACUCUGGAUCCCAAGAAGAGGGGUACAGCCAGUACCAGCGCAUGCUGAGCACGCUGUCCCAGUGUGAGUUUUCAAUGGGCAAAACUUUGCUGGUGUAUGAUAUGAAUCUCAGGGAGAUGGAAAACUAUGAAAAAAUUUACAAAGAAAUAGAAUGCAGCAUUGCAGGAGCACAUGAAAAAAUUGCUGAGUGCAAAAAGCAAAUUCUUCAAGCAAAACGAAUACGAAAAAAUCGCCAAGAAUAUGAUGCUUUGGCAAAGGUGAUCCAGCAUCAUCCAGACAGGCAUGAGACUUUAAAGGAACUAGAGGCUCUGGGGAAAGAAUUAGAGCACCUUUCACAUAUUAAAGAAAGCGUGGAAGAUAAGCUGGAACUGCGGCGGAAGCAGUUUCAUGUCCUGCUUAGCACCAUCCACGAGCUUCAGCAAACCCUGGAAAAUGAUGAAAAGCUCUCGGAAGUAGAGGAAGCCCAAGAAACGACCAUAGACGCGGAUCCUAAGCCGUAGCAGGCUCAUCGCUCACCAUUCCCAAGAACAUUGAAGGAGCUGCAGUGAUCUUAGUGUGCUUGGAAUUUGCUGUGCUCGUUUUGGCAGUGAAUACUUUGUUUUCAAAUAUUAAUGCUUCCUUCACUCAUUUCUUCACACAAAGGAAAAUGACUUCAGUGUAUUUUUUUUAUUAAAACACAUUUUUUAUUUUUAAAAGGCAGAAAGCAACACUCAGUAUGUUUAAUAAAAUGUGUUUAGAGCUGGAUGUUUGUGCUCCUUACAGUCCAGGUAGUUGUUAAGUGGUAACAUCAGCUGCUUUAUAAAACAAGUUGGGGAUUGUGAGAAGGUACCAUUUUUAGGAUAUACAGGGGAAAAUGAGUCCGUUCCGAAAUUACUACCGCUUUUAAAAACAAAGUCCAUGACUAGGCUUCAGGGGGCCACAGACAUAUAAAAUUAUGUGCAAAAUGUUUAUGGCAGGGAAAGUUUCCAUGAUGCUAAGGAUCACUGGUGUAGGAGGUAACUGUAAGAUGCAUAGUAAGUUCACAGGCAUUGCUCUCUUACCUAUCUCUUUGGUACUUGAGGAAUGUGAUUGUUAAAUGGCUUGUUGUUAUGUUUUCUUUCUGUCUUUUUAAUAGAAAAAAUAUAUACUAAUAUAAUGAGUUGUUUGGGGUAGUUUGUUCAGAUUGUCUUCCAUAAAGGAUUUCAUAAUGAUUGUAAAAAUUAAGGUAAGGCUGAAUGACUUGGUAGUUUUCUUAAGUGUUAAAUUACAUAUACAGUACUUCUUAGCUUCCAAUCUUAUCCAUUUAUUUCAGUCAGAGACAUGACACUGCAUGAAUCAUAGCUUAACUGGGGUAUAUUUUUGUAAUUUUAAUAAGAAUUUUUAUCUUUAAAAAUGAAAGUUUAAAAUUGCCUCAGUAGUCAUAUUAAAGGUGUCAAAAUACCUUUAAA